AUGCCUUCACAAUAUUCCAAGCCCACCAAGAACGGCACGGCGACAGUGAACGGAUGUUCUCCGGGAACUGCUGAUGGAGGGCACUUGGAGCCUAUCGCCGUCGUAGGCAUGAGCUGCAGGCUGCCAGGAAGUGCAUCAGACCCCCAAAAGCUGUGGGACUUGCUCAAGCAAGGUCGGUCGGCAUGGGGAAAGACUCCCAAAGAUCGAUUCAACCAAGGAGGCUUCCACGACACUUCUCCCGACUUCAAGUUUGGAACGACAAACACAGAUGGCGGAAACUUCCUUCAACAUGAUGUGAAGGCUUUUGAUGCCUCUUUCUUCGGAAUAAGCCCCGUCGAGGCAACCGCCAUGGACCCUCAGCAAAGACUCGUCCUCGAGAUUGCCUAUGAGGCCUUUGAGAAUGCCGGUCUUACCAUUGAGCAGCUCUCGGGGUCCAACACUGGUGUUUAUGUCGGACUAUGGGCCUCGGACUACCAGGAGAUUCUCACCAGAGACACCGACUCCUCACCCACGUACCAGGUCACGGGAGUUGGUUCAGCCAUUGCAUCGAACCGUGUUUCCUAUUGCUUCAAUCUUAAGGGGCCGAGUUUUACCCUCGACACGGGUUGCUCGGCUAGUCUGGUAGCACUUCAUCAGGCUGUGCAGAGCCUUCGCUCGGGGGAGACCGACACGUCCUUCGUGGCCGGUGUCAACCUUCUGCUGGAUCCCCAACGCUAUGCUUAUCAGAGCCGGCUCAAAAUGUUUUCCAACAAGGGUCAAUCCUUCUCAUUCGACCACCGCGCCCUGGAGGCCAAUGGCUAUGGGAGAGGUGAAGGCUGCUCAGGAGUUGUUCUCAUGCCCCUUUCACUUGCCAAGAAGGGGGGCUGUCCAAUCCGUGCCGUCAUUCGGAACUCUGUCGUCAACCAGGACGGCAGGACCCAGGGUAUCAGUGUUCCGAGUGCUUCGGCGCAGUCCGCUGCCAUUGCGAAGGCAUAUGCUCAGGUCGGCCUGACUCCAUACGCAGACUACGUCGAGGCUCAUGGCACGGGCACAAAGGUUGGCGACCCCAUCGAGGCCAAAGCCAUCGCAAAAAUCCUCGGUGCCACGAGAGGAGCCGGUUCGCCACUCCCAAUCGGCUCCCUCAAGGCGAAUAUUGGGCACCUGGAGAGCGCAGCAGGCUUGACGGGUCUCAUCAAGGCCGUCCUGAUGCUUGAACACAACGAGAUACCACCCCAGGCGAAUUUCGAGAAAGCUAAUCCGGAAAUUGACCUGGAGCAACUCAACCUCAGAAUUCCACUGCAUGUCGAAUCUGGCUCGGUCAAGAGGGUUUCCGUGAAUAGCUUUGGCUACGGAGGAACCAAUGCCCACGUUAUCCUCGACUCUGCCGCCUCCGUGAAGGAUGAGCCAAGCCUAAGUAACGGGGUUCACACCAAUGGUAAUGGACUUCAUACCAAUGGCAAUGGGCUUCACACAAAUGGUAAUGGGACUCACACCAAUGGCAACGGGCUUCACACCAAUGGCUGGCACAUGCCCAACGGUAGCGAUGCUGAUGAGCCCAAGUCCAAGCAUCAACUGUUCGUUCUCAGCGCCGCCAGCGAAAGAUCGUGCCAGAGCAUGGCAGUUGGCGUCGCCGAGUACCUGAAAAGCCAAUCAGACACGGUCGAUACAGACAUGUUGCUGACCCGCCUCGCACACACACUUCAGCAGAGGUCAGUGCUGGAGAACAGGGUCGGGAUCAUCGCCUCCGGGCUAGACGAUCUCGUCGGCCAGCUCUCGGAACUGUCAGCACAGCCUAUACCUCGGUCCGACCGCCAGACGAGCCCUCGCAUUGGCUUUGUUUUCAGUGGCCAGGGAGCGCAGUAUCCACGGAUGGCCAAGGGGCUAUUGGGAUCAUGGCCGUGCUUCACGGCGAGCAUGAAGCGGGCAAGACGAUGCUUGGAGCAGUGCGGAAGCUCGUGGGACCUGUUUGAAGAGUUGUUGAAAGCACACGAGGAGAGCCGCAUGGAGGACCCGUGCAUCGCCCAGCCCAUCUCGACGGCGGUUCAGAUUUCUCUCGUGGACGCGCUCAAGGACCUGGGAAUUAUUCCGCGUGCCGUGAUUGGCCAUUCCAGCGGUGAGAUCGCUGCGGCGUACUGCGCCGAAGCCAUAUCUUUUGAGGAUGCCAUGAAGGUGUCAUAUCACCGCGGUCUCCUCACCAGCGAGUUGCGAAUGCAGAACAAGGGCAGCGCUGGUGCCAUGAUGGCCGUCGGAGCUUCAGCACAGCUGGUCAAGCAGUCAAUCGAACAGCUCGGCCAAGCUGCUGCCACCAGGAUAGCAGUCGCCUGCUACAACAGCCCUUCCAGCGUGACGGUCUCUGGAGACGAAGACGUGGUCACCUCCUUGAAGCAGCGACUGGACGAGCAAGAUGUCUGGAAUCGGCUGCUUCGGACUGGUGGGGCUGCGUAUCACUCGCCUCAGAUGCUGCAGAUAGUAACCAAGUACUACGAGGCUCUCGAGGACGUCGCUGGUAGUGCGACAGCGUCCGAAAUCAGUAUGGCCUCAACGGUAACGGGCGAGGAGCUUGGAGACCAGGCCAUCAACAAGGACUACUGGGUGCACAACCUGGUAUCGCCAGUCCGCUUCACUGAUGCCCUCAAGAAAACAUGUGUGGCAAAGGAUGCGACACGAAGGGUCGACUUACUCUUGGAACUGGGAUCCCACUUUCAGCUGGAAAACCCUAUCAAGCAGACUCUGCGGUCUUUCGCCGGAGAGGCUACCAAGAUCCAAUACGCAGGCACCCUGAAGCGCGGCAAAGAUGCCCAGCUCUCCAUGCUGGAGAUGCUGCGGUCCCUAUACUUACAGAAGGCUCCUGCGGCAUUCUGGAAGGUGAAUGCGGGUUUCCGGAAUCCUCCUUCGCCCCUGACGGAUCUUCCCCCGUAUCCUUUCGACCAUUCCAAGUCGUUUUGGCACGAGAGUCGAGUUUCGGUAGCGUACCGCAACCGCCAAUUCCUGCCCCAUGAGCUUCUCGGCACGCUCAUCCACGACAACAACCCGCAGGAGCCCAGAUGGCGGUGCUACCUCAAUUUGAAAGACGUCCCCUGGCUCAGUGGGCAUGUCAUACAAGGCCAGACCAUCUUCCCAGCCGCCGGAUACCUUGCCAUGGCCCUCCAAGCGGCGCGACAAGACACGUUCCUGCGAAGUCCAGAAGCCGGUAUUGACCGUUUCGUGCUCCGGAACGUUGCCAUUUCACAGGCGCUGGUCAUGGACAUUGGCAAGACCGACCUGGAAAUCAGCUUGUCACUGCGACCGCAGCCAGUGUCGGCGAGAAAGUCGUCGAAGCUGUGGCAAGAGUUCCGAAUCUUCACCACGUCCACCGACAAUAGCUGGACCGAACAUUGCCGCGGCCUCCUGCAGGUGGUCCUCAAAUCACGAGUUACCAGUAAUGACGACGGCAUUGCACUCACUCAAGUCGCACUGCCGACCCAUGCCCAGCACAUCCAACCCAAGAAAUUCUACCACAGGGCCGGUGACCUGGGUCUCAACUGGGGCACUCCGUUCGACAACCUGACCGACAUCAGAACCACCGACGGCGCGUCCAUCUCGAACGCAUCAUUCGUAGCUGCUGGCACUACCCCUUCCGCUCCAUACACAAUCCAUCCGGCGGUCCUGGACUCUGUUCUCUACCACAGCAUGAUGUCGAUAUUGAUAUUCGAGGACAAGAUCACAUCACCCGUUGUACCCACGUUCAUCGAGAAGCUCAUUGUCGCCGAGCAGGACCCGGCCCAACCGCUCCAAGAGGCCACUUGUCAUUCGACGAGGACGAAGAGUUUUCUCACUUUCGACAUCGGCGUCUUUGAGAAAGAGAGACAAGAUAAGAUGGUCCUGCAGGCGUGGGGCGUCAGCGCGACGAAACUACCAGACCUGUCUAUCGGCGAAAAGAGCAAUAGGGACCUGUGCCACGUCGUCGACUGGGUGACGUACAUGCCCAAGACAACCAACAAACACAUCAACGAGAUGUGCAAAUCAAUGAUCAAAGAUAAGUCCAUUCUCGCGCAACAUCGAGCGCUGGUCGCCCUGACAUUGCAUUACGUCAAGAGCUCUCUAGCGUCCACAUCGGCAGACGAUGUAGCCGAAGGCUACCAGCGUCACUGGUUCGAUUGGAUGCAGACGCUGUCCGACCAGCAGCCUGAUCCCGCUUUGCUGAGCGUGGCGGAGGCAGACGACAGCAUAGUGGGACAGGCAUUGAAGCGUCUAGGACCACCACUGAACGAGCUUCUGCGUGGGACGGUGCACCCGCUGUCCUUGCUGACCGAGGGCAACCUGCUAAACAGGCUCUACUCGGAAGAGCGCUGUGCUCGCUGCAUCACUCAGAUCUCGGCAUACUGUGGCGGGCUCGGUCGCCAGAACCCCAACAUGAAACUCCUCGAAAUCGGCGCGGGCACCGGAUCGGCUUCUCUGCCCAUCCUACAGGCCCUGCAAAGCUCUAGCAAGGUUCUGGCAUCCUCUUACGAUUUCACAGACAUCUCGCCUGGGUUUUUCCCGGCGGCCCAAGAAUUGCUCGCCGACUUCGCGAACAUCGUUCAGUACAAGACCCUGAAUAUCGAAGACGGCCCCGAGGCGAACGGGUUUAAACCACAUAGCUACGAUGUGGUCAUCGCUAGCAAUGUCAUCCACGCCACUUCUCGUAUUGACGUCGUCCUGGAUAAUGCCAGGGCGCUGCUUCGCCCCGGUGGGAAGCUGAUCCUGAUGGAGCUCACCGAGAAUCGACCAUACUACAAUUUCGUGUUUGGUGCCUUUGCCGGUUGGUGGGCAGGCUACGACGAAGGUCGAAAACUUUCGCCCCUUCUCUCUCGCCCCGAAUGGGUACAGAGACUCCAAAAGGCGGGUUUCGUCCAGAACGAGCCCUUGUUUUGGGAUUACCCGGUGGCCGAUGGUGGCACCAUUACAGUGUUCGUAUCGGAAAAUCCGGAGCCAGCUCCGUCGGCGCCGCCCAUGGACAUUGAUGUAGUCACAUGCUCCGAUCAGUCCCUCGGGACUACCUUCACGGACAAGCUCCAGAAGCGUCUUUGGGACCGCAAGGUUGAGCUCUCUGCAUCAUCUUCACCUGUCCUUGGCGACAAACUGUCCAUCAUUCUGCCCGAGGUGUGCGAUCGUGUGGCCUGGGACGUUGAUGGCGAAUUAUUUGAUGCGCUCAAGGCUAGGAUUAUCGGCUCCAAAGCAGUCAUGUUCGUGACGCGCACGGCCAAUGGGAAACAAGACCGACCGGGUGGCGACUGGGUCUAUGGGUUCUGCCGAUCGAUACGCCAGGAGCAUACCUCUGUGCGCCUCAUCAGCCUAGAGAUCGGGAGCGACCUCGAGGAGUGUCUUGAGCCCCUGGUAACCAUUCUGAACAGCCCCACGGCCGAUCUUGGACUUUCCAACGGCGAUGUCGAGCUUGAAUUUGUGGAGAGGGAGGGCCAGUUGUUCGUCUCCCGCGUCCGACCAGAGCCAGGUCUCGACAGCCAUAUCCGUCGGGACUUGGGCGAGUCGCAACCGGAGGAGGCACCGUUCAUGAACAGCAGAGUCAUGUCGGCAGAGCUAGCCGUUCCUGGUGUGCUCGACACCAUACGAUGGGUGGAUAACCCUGGGAUGGCCGGUCCGCUCGAUCCCGACCACAUCAAGUUGCAGCUUUGCGCCGCAAGUAUCAACUUCAAGGACGUGCUCAUUGCCUCGGGCCAGCUCGAGGGCAUCACUCAGAUGCAGAAUGACUGCAGCGGAGUCGUGCUCGAGGUUGGGUCUAACAUGGGGGGCAGAUUCAAACCCGGAGAUCGCGUCUGCGCUCUAUACUCCCAAUCGUAUACGAACUACCCCAUCGUCCACGGAGACUGCUCUCAUGUCAUACCCGAGGAGAUGGACCUAGUUGCCGCGGCAUCGAUACCCAUUGUCUGGGCCACGGUUUACUACUGUCUGGUGUAUGCUGGCAAGUUGAAGAAGGGCGAGAGUAUCCUCAUCCACUCAGCAGCCGGAGCGGUCGGCCAAGCAGCCAUCAUGCUCGCCCGUCACAUUGGCGCUGACAUCUUCGUCACCUGCGGGAAUGACGCGAAGGCAGAUCUGUUGGUUACGGAGUUUGGCAUUGCCGAGGACCACGUCUUCUCCAGCCGAACCACCGCCUUCCGCGAGAAAAUCCAAAACCUGACCGGCGGCAACGGGGUGGACGUCGUCCUCAACUCCCUCAGCGGAGAGAUGUUCCGCGAGUCGUGCAACUCGCUUGCUCCGUUUGGGCGGUUCGUCGAGAUCGGGCGGAAGGACCUGAUGGAAAACGCGCUGAUGCCCAUGGAGUUCCUGCUCAACAACAUCACGUUCGUCUACGUCGACCUGGCACAUGUUAUCGUCACCAGGAAGAGUUUAGCACAUAAACUUCUGCACGAGGUUAUGGGCCUAUUCGCUAGCGGGGCCGUCGAACCCGUCAAACUGACAAAGUUCGCAAUUUCUCAGAUUGGGGAAGCCUUCCGCCUAAUCCAGGCUGAUAAGCAUACGGGUAAAGUGAUCUUGACGGUGGAGCCAGAGCAGAAGGUUCAGGUUGUCGAACAAAGGCCUGAGCCAGUUCAGCUCCACUCGGAUGCGACCUAUAUCGUGGCUGGGGGCCUGGGAGGUCUAGGGAGAAGGAUAGUCGACUGGCUGGCAGAGAAAGGUGCCCGCCAUAUCGUCAUCUUCUCCCGAUCGGCCCACGUCGACUCGGAAGCCCGAAGCUUCCUAGACAGACUAGGAUCUUCGAGAGUCACUGUGCGGGUCGACAAGUGCGAUGUCACGUCGGAAGACUCGUUGGACCGCGCAUUGGCCAACCUUCGGGACACAAUGCCACGUAUCCGCGGGCUCAUACAGGCUGCCAUGGUCCUCCAUGACGUUCUUCUGGAUGACAUGACGGUGGAGCAAUGGUGCAAAGCUACCAGUCCGAAGAUACGAGGCACGUGGAACUUGCACACCCUUCUACCGUCUGACCUGGACUUCUUUAUCAUGCUCUCCUCAGUGGUGUCCGUUGUUGGCAAUAUCGGCUCGAGCAAUUACGCCGCAGCCUGCUCUUUCCAGGACGGAAUAGCUCACUACCGCCAGCGGCUAGGUUUGGCGGCCUACUCGAUAAACGUCGGUGCUGUCAUCGAGGCGGGCUACGUCAGUGAGAACCCAGAGGUGGCGGCGACCCUGCGCCGGAAUGGCCUGGGCAACGUCACUAUUGCCGAAUUCUUGUCCCAUCUGGGCCACGUUCUCCGGAAUGAAACGGGUUACUGCCAGUCGUCGAUCGGAUUGGUGCCUUCUGGUACCGAGCGUGGACUCGAGGCGAUGUACUGGACGAACGACAAGAAGUUUGCACACCUCGGACGGGAGAAUCAAAUUGGAAGGCAGACGGCCGGUGCUGCUGACGACGUUGGGUCGAUUCUUCGGACCGCGUCAACUCACGAGGAGGCAUUAGACACUGUCCGCGGAGCGAUUGUCAAGCAACUGGCCACAAUACUCGCCCUUGGACCCGAUGAAAUCAUCUCAGCGCGGAGUUUGGACUCGUACGGCGUUGACUCGCUUGUUGGUGUCGAGUUGAGGAACUGGAUCAGUGCCUAUCUUCAAGUUAACCUACCACUGCUUGUCAUGUGGAGCACGAACAGCAUCGAUGAACUGGCUGGGAUAGUGACGAAAGGCUCUAGGCUGGUUACCGUGAAAGUGGUGGCGGCGGAUGAAGAAACGGGUAAAGAGGAAUAG